AUGACUUCUGGCUACACCACCCAGCUGUUAUUGUCUACGGCUGUGGCCUGUCUAGGGUCCCUUCAGUAUGGGUACCAUAUGGCAGAACUUAACGCUCCCGAAGCAGUUUUAUCAUGCCGUAAUACUAUAGAUGGGCCUGGCUCCUCUUGGUUCGUUCGCCACGAGUAUUUGUCAUGUAUUCCCCUUGAUACUUCGGAAAUUGGUCUUGUCACUUCAAUAUUCUCAAUUGGUGGUCUUAUCGGUUCGAUGAUUGCCAGUCCCCUUAGUGACAAAUUUGGUCGCAAGAACUCCAGCUUCAUCAACACUUCAUUCUUUAUUGUUGGCUCAUUAUUUGAGGCGUUCUCUAAUACCAAGUCUUCUCUUGUUUUGGGUCGGUUUAUUUCGGGGCUAGGCGCUGGCACCAGCAUUGUGAAUACUCCGUUGUUCAUCAAUGAAAUCGCCACUCAUGACACAAAGGGCUUUCUUGGGAGCUUGAAUCAGUUCUCGGUGAACGUUGGUAUUCUUUUCACUCAGUUGUUGGCGAUCAAUUGGGCAAACACCGAUCAAUGGAGAUAUCUAUUAUUUAUGGGUUUCAUCAUUGCCGCCGCCAACAUUGUGGGGUUAUCAUUUGUCGAUGAAAGUCCAAAAUGGUUGGUCAAACAUAAUGAGAUCGAAUUGGCAAAGAAAUCGCUUAGAGCCCUCAGAAACCCUGAUGAUUAUUCAGAUGAACAAAUUGCCAACGAAAUCUCUCAGUGGAUUGCCGAAAUGUCUGAUUCUAAUCCGCCUGGAGCAGAGUCCCAAUCUUUACUUCCAUCAUCAAAUAUCGAACCAAAAUCCUCAAAUGUCACUAUGCUAAAGUACUUGAUGUCGUCGGAAUUUUAUAACUCCCGUCUUAUUGUGUCGAUCAUCAUGAUUGGCCAACAACUAUGUGGUAUCAAUUCAAUUAUCUUUUACGGAGUGAGUAUCAUCUCCUCUCUUCUUCCGCAAUACGCUGUCUUGCUCAAUUGUGCUAUUUCUCUCCUUAAUGUCGGGGUCACAUAUGUGGCUGCGGUUGUUGUGGACCGCGCUGGCCGCAGACCUUUACUUAUUGGAUCGGUAUCGAUUAUGGGGAUUGCUUGUUUAUUGACGGUCCAAGGAAUUGUUGGUGAGCAUCCUUAUGUCACGGUUUUUGCAAUUUUUUCUUAUAUUGCAGCUUUUGCCAUGGGGUUGGGGCCAAUUCCGUUUUUACUCAUCUCAGAAGUUACUCAAUUACAAGCUACAACCGUGGCCCAAAGUUUUGGUACGGUGCUUAAUUGGAUGGCGACUUUUCUCGUUGGUUAUUUGUUUCCUAUUUUGAACUUGAAACUUGGGGGUUAUGUUUUUGGGAUUUUUGGGAUUAGUUGUGCGGUUGUUGGAAUACUGGUCUGGAAGUUAUUCCCAGAAACUAGAGGUAAGAAAAAUUAUGGGGAAGUAUGGGGUGUUGCUGCAAGAUUAGAUUGA